AUGUGGCUCAUUCGCCAGCCGCUGCUGCUCAAGAAGCGCCUUCUUCUUGGCAAUCAUCGCCUUCACCUCCUUCAGUUCCAUUGCCGUUCGGAGACCAAAGGCGCCGCUGUGGACCGCGAGCUGCACAACUACUGGGACCAACACAGCGGCAGCGGCUUUGAUGAGAAGAGCAGAAUGAACGGGCGCCUGGAGCCUUUGAGGCGAGUGGCUGAAGUUGCCAAAGAUCUGGCUGAAGGAAAACUGAGAAACCACCCUGUGCGAGUGGUGGAUCUAGGUUGCGGGACCGGGCUCUUUUCCAAAUUCCUUAGCGACGCAGAGAACAUUAAAAUCAUCGGAGUGGACUUGUCUGAGGGACAUUUGCAGCUGGCGCGACAACACAUGGAAGUGAUCAAGGGCAGCUACUUAGACUGGCGCCCUGAGGGCUGGGCUCCGGACCUGGCCAUCCAUAACAAUUCCAUCGAGGAUUACGAGGACUCGAUGAAGCUCUAUUUCUUCAAGCACGUCUUUAGCUGGCUGGCACCAGAAGGGUACUUUCUCUUCCAAGCCUAUUCGCCAAGAGACAAACCCAUGGGAGUUUGCAUCGCCGAAUGUUCACCAGCCUUUGCUGCCAAGCACAAAGUCCACUUGUGCAGCACCGAAACCUAUCUGGACAUGGCCAAAGCUGCCGGUUUUCAGGUGGUUUCAUCGGAACUGGUUCACAGUCAAGGUCGAUUUCCCGGCAAAGAUAGGACCUACAACCGGGAAUUCAUUUUCAUUGUACUGAAGAAGGAGGUCGCACGGCUGGCAAUUCUCCUGGCGGACAACAUCUACGUAUCCCGACUCUCGUUGAACGAAUGCAACUUGGGCGACCAGGGGGCAGAAUACUUAGCAGAGGCUCUGGCUGAGAACGAAGUCUUGACCUCCCUGUCUCUGGAAGGGAACCGAGUGGGUGACCGUGGGGCUGCCCGCCUUGCGGCGGCCUUGGAGAGGAACGAGGCCUUAACCUCUCUGAGCCUUGGGAGGAACUGCGUUGGAGGGCAAGGAGUGAAGCACCUGCUGGAUGCACUGGAGAGCAACUAUACCUUGCUGACGCUGGACCUGGCGAGCAACUCAGGGAAUCGACCUGGAUGGGCAAGUGCAGGUGACAGCCGCGCGGCUACCCAAAAGAGGCUUCAGGCGCUACUGAAGCGAAACCGUGGGCCCAGAAAGGUGGUCACGCUCCAGGCGCAGCUCGGUCACCGCGAGGCGACCGAGGCGACCGAGGCAGAUGGUGAUGGUGACGACCCCUGCAGGAGCGGCUCGUUUCGAGAGCCGCCGGAAGCGGCUAUGCUGUGGAUCUCAUGUACCAGCGUGGCCGGCACCCUCCUGACGGAGCUGUUGGUGGAUGCCAAUCUGGGCGUGCGACAGCUCCGGGAGGAGCUUGCGCAGAGGCUGGCCGUGCCAAAGCCGCACUUGGCCAUGCUGUUGACCGACGGACGAUUGCUGCAGGUACACGAUCAGCGCCCCUUGGUGAGGAUCUUCAUGGGGGACAUGUGA